AUGAAUCUCAACUUCACCUCCCCUCUCCAUCCAGCGUCUUCUCAGAGGCCCACGUCCUUCUUUAUUGAAGACAUUUUGCUGCACAAGCCCAAGCCACUGAGGGAGGUAGCCCCCGACCACUUCGCCAGCUCUCUGGCCUCUCGAGUACCUCUGCUAGACUAUGGCUACCCCCUCAUGCCCACACCCACCAUCCUGGCUCCUCACGCCCAUCACCCUCUGCAUAAGGGAGACCACCACCAUCCUUAUUUUCUGACCACCUCGGGGGUGCCGGUUCCAGCGCUCUUCCCGCACCCCCAGCACGCGGAGCUGCCAGGGAAACACUGUCGCCGCCGCAAAGCUCGCACGGUUUUCUCCGACUCGCAGCUCUCGGGGCUGGAGAAGAGGUUCGAAAUCCAACGCUACCUGUCCACGCCCGAGAGGGUGGAGCUGGCCACCGCCCUCAGCCUGUCCGAGACACAGGUGAAAACGUGGUUCCAGAACCGUAGGAUGAAGCACAAAAAGCAGCUGAGGAAAAGUCAAGACGAACCCAAAGCAGCGGACGGGCCCGAGAGCCCCGAGGGCAGUCCCCGCGGCUCCGAGGCCGCCGCCGCCGCCGCCGCCGCCGCCGAGGCUCGGCUGAGCCUGCCCGCCGGCGCCUUCGUGCUCACCGAGCCCGAGGACGAGGUGGACAUCGGGGACGAGGCGGAGCUCAGCUCGGGGCCGCACGUGCUCUGA